AGCAUCGACGACGGCGACGGCAGCGAAAACGUCACUUUUAAAAUGAAUUUACGUUUUUUAAAACUUUGCUGCGUUUGUUCCAAUUCGUUGAAAAUGUCAAAUUUAAGCGAAUUUCCCUGCAGUUGAUUUCUUGGGGACCGCACUCAAGUUUAAAAAGAGACACAGAAAUUCAUUGUCUCGUGUUUGUGUCCUUUAUAAGAGUGAAAAUAGGCAUUUUCAUGUCGUAUACUGGGUAUGUAUAAAAAAGUUAAAUCUCAUGGUACUAUCAGUCACAUAGACGGAAGAAAAUCGGCGACAUCGUGAAUUUCAACUAUUAUUCUGAAUUUAUGAUGAAUCCGCGGCAAAUUUAGUCUUCAACUCUUCAAUUUUUGAACUCGUCUUUAUCAACAAUAUUUAUGCGAAGAUUUACACAUGUAAAGUGAAUUGGAACUUCAAAAAUGUGUAUUUAAGUUUCUAUAUUACCAGCUAGCUAAACGUUAUUUUCACAUUUAUUUGAAAUCCUUAUGGACUCUUACCCCUAUUAUCUUUAAUGAUCCACAAGGGUUUGGUCUACUUUUUCAUCCAAGGGUAUUCACUUUUAUGCUUUAUUUUUAAUUUAUUAAAAAGGGGAUUGUUAUGAACUAAUUUACCCUAGCAAAUUCUGCGAAGAUAUGAGUUGAAAACAUUAUCCGUGUAAUGUUAAAAUAUUCAACUCUUCUUUGUUUUUAUUCUUGUUGCUUUUUCAUGACAGGGGAAGGGCGAGGAUUUGAGAUAGCUCAAGGCCGUUUGGGUCCUGGGCGAAUCCACCACUGCAUGCGUUCAAUUGGACUAGCAGAACGAUCACUCGAACUUAUGGUUCAGCGGUCUUUAGAGAGAGUGGCCUUUGGAAAGCGUUUGGCCGAAAAGGUUUGUAGUAGAAGGUUCAAGGUCCUGUUGCACGACUGAAUCUGUUAGCCAAACAUGGCAAUGGGAUCCUACUGGUAGUUAAAACGGGUACGCCGGACGAUAACGUUGAGAAAUUUUGUUGCCAACGAGGGGCUUAGGGACUAGGCAAGGCCAUCAGUAGUAAUACCACUUACCUCAAUAGAUUACACUCGUAUGAUAGUCUGGUCGUGUAUUGCAUUUACUAACACGUUGUAUCACUGAUGUUUCUUUAGGGAAUGGUACAGGAGCAGAUCGCUCUGUCAAGAAUUGAAAUCGAACAGGCCAGACUGCUUGUGCUGAAGGCUGCACACACCAUCGAUUGCCAUGGAAACAAAGCUGCAAGAAAACAGGUGGGUAUGUCAGCAGUAUUGGGAGCACAGGGAAACCAGGGUGUCGGGAAUGUCACACGUGUGUUACCCCUUUAUAGUUCUAGUCUACAGUUUAGUGUGACUUAAGUUAGUGACCAAGCCGAAUUGAUCUUCCUCAGUUGUUGCAACGUGCCCUCUUCGUUGGGGGGUUAAGCAACGACGACGGUUUACAGGGUUUCGUACGGGUCAUGGAAAACCUGGAAAGUCAUGGAAUUGAAGUAUUUCAUUUUCAAGGUCUAGAAAGGCAUGGAGUUUAAUUGUCGGUCCUUGGGAGUCAUGGAAAAUUAAAAUUUUGUUUGAUAGACUAGUUACUGCCGAUGACAAGGCAAGGACAAUAUAAAAUAGAGAGAAGUGAUUGAACAGCGCGAACGCACGCAUUUUGGUGGACACCAGAGUUUGUGUCUGUUGAACUGUUUAAGGUCCAAAAAUACCCUAAAACAAGGAAAGUCCUAAAAAGGUUUGAAAGUGACAGCUAAACCUAAAGUCUUGGAAAAGUUUUAAAACGUCAUGGAAAAAGUCAUGGAAUUUGAAGUGCUCAAAAAAGUACGAACCCUAAGUUUAUAAUUAGAUUGGAAAAACAACAUUUUUGCACGUGCAUCACGCUUUUUUGUACAUUUCUUUGCCGUCACUACACGGCUACAACCGGUGAAAGUGCCUAAUUUCACGUUUUGUCCAGGACGUGAACGAAGACAACGACUUUCUUGUUCUUUUCCUGAACUUUAAUAUAGUGUUUUAGAAUACAACUCCAGAAAUUUUGCCAACAUCUGACGAAUUGAACGAGUUGGAAUAAGCGCGAUAAAAUUUGAAGCAGCGCGAAUUCACGUUUAUAGUGACGCUUUCGUAGACCUCGCCGUACGUCUUUGUCGCGUAAGCUCCCUAAUGUUCUCUAUCUCAACCUGAAGUUUUUCUGGCGGCUCUGUGUGAAAGAAAGUACGGAGCUGUGAACACGAAUGAAACAGCUGAACCUUUUCUUGUAUAUACCUCUUUUUUUGGUAAUUAGGUAGUGUACUGUUAUAGCAAGAUUAGUUUGAUGGCGAAAAUUUCAGUAGUGAUCUGUCUUGCUAUGACAGAUGAUAUUGAAUUUGCUUACCUGGUGAACCUACCAAAUUCCAGCGGAGAAUUGGUUUUGAAAAAGAGUGGCACAAGACUGUUUUACAUCGAUUGAGAACUUCACUGUUUAACUCUUGCAGACUGCUAUGGCAAAGAUCGCAGUUCCUCGCAUGGUUUGUAACGUUAUUGACCGAGCGAUUCAGGUGCAUGGUGGGAAGGGAGUAUCCCAGGAUACACCGCUGGCUUAUUUCUAUACAGGAGCUCGGAGUCUGCGCAUUGCUGAUGGCCCGGAUGAGGUUCACUUGGAGGCAGUGGCUAAACUUGAGCUGAAGGAAGCACUCAAAUCCAAGAUAUAA